AAGAAUCUUUCAAGAUGCCUGGACAGAUCGCCGCACCCAUCCCGGUUACGCCACCGCGUAAGAAUAUCCGUCUCAACCCUUCCACAGACUUAUUCGCUAGCCUAAAUGCCACUCUUACUUCUGCGGAGAGCAAGCGAGGUACUCCUAUCCGCUCUAUUCAAGAGCGAGACUGGGAUGUCCCGGCUCCCCCACCGCCUAGCCCAGUCAGCUUCCAUCCGGAUCACUGGCAGCGCACUCUACGCCAUUGAUUGACAACUUGAGCGCGGCCAUUGCUGCACCACGUACAUGAGAGAUGUUCACCAUCGGUCAUGUAUUGUCUUUAUGCGUCUGUAUGGGUAGCGGGGUUCCUGGUCUGUCAUUUGGGAGUUUACGGAUGUGAAAUGGUAAGGGCAUAAGGGACGCAAGAUAAUCGGUCUUCGUUCACUAGUGCCAUAUCACCGCUUCCAAUCUUGGUUUGGUUUGGCCUUCCCCUAAUAAGGGAGAACACCAAGUCGGUACGAUAAUUGAUAUCACUUUGGUACAAUUCAAGUAAUGGCCUCCGGCUAUGAGUCAGGAGUUAAUGGGAUUGUAGCUAGGGAAAACAGUCCGAGUAAUCGGAAGUCUAGUUUCCGUAACUAAUUCGAGAUGUUGCUAAUAUAACGAGAGAAUAAUGUGACUGGGUUAAGAGGUAACCUUGAGCGAGAUCAAUACGGACUGCCGAAUUUUUAACCCCAAAAGGUUAACAACGGUGGUAAUUGCGCGUUUGGAGAACAUUAUGCACACAUUCUCCAAAAAACAAACAAGAAAUAAAACACUGUAAAUCCCGUUUUCCCCCUCGGCUAUGAAAUUUUCG